CACACAUACCCCCGGCUCCCUCCCAUCCCUGUCUAUAUGUUGAGUGCUCGAACCUAAAAACAAGAGCAAUAUCACAUCUUGUCAAACAGCAAGCAGUCCAUGGAGGGACGAUGGGGUUUUGGAUGUUUCUUCUUCUGUGUUUUCAGCUUGGUAAUGUUCCCUGGACUGAAGGUGGGGAGGAAAGACUGGGGUUCAAAUGGGAAGUGUGAUCCCCUCCCUGCACCUUCCAACGUCUCCAUCUCUUCCUUCAACAUGGAGCAUACGCUCAGCUUCCUGCCAGGCCCCGAGACGCCCCCCGACACCCACUUCACAGUCCAAAUCCUCAACCCCAGGUAUUCAGUCAACAGGAUGUACAGGGGAAAAGAAAAGAAGAGCACGUGGAAAGAGGUGGCUUCCUGUUCGGAGCUGACGGCCGGACAGACGUGUGACCUCACCAGAGCAUUCGAGGAACCGUUUGAUCACUACUACGCCCGUGUCCAGGCCUUCACACCCACCCAGAAGUCUGAUUGGAAAAUAUCAAGGCAGUUCCAGCCCCUGUCAGACACUGUGAUGGGUCCUCUCGAUGUUUCUGUGUCCGGCUGUGGGAACUGUUUGCUCGUCCAGGUCAGUCUUCCCAAAUCAAAGGUUCUACAGCAGCACCAGCAGUUUCAAAGCUUCUACAGAGUAGUCGACUUCAAUGUGCAAAGGACCCGGGACGGAGUACAGUUCAAACUGAAACUGCCUUACAAAGAGGAGAACAUGAUCACGUACCUGCAGCCGGGUGUGGAGUACUGUGUGACGGUCUCCGUGUCAUCUCCCUUCAACUCCAAUUCUGUUCCCAGUAAACCUUUCUGUGCCUUCACCAGCCCUCCUCCCAGAAACUUACUGUAUAUGGUCUACGGCCUGCUGGGUGCAUUCUGCGUGUUGGGGUUCCUUCUUAUGGGAUUAGUUGUUCACGGCGGUCGGCUCAGCUACCAGUUACUUGGACAACGCAUCCCCAGAAGUCUGUUGUACAUCACUCUUCAGGAUCGUGGAGGUGCACCUCCUGAGCUCUCAGACCAGACCUCAGCCCCCCAGAUACAUAAUAGAGGAUCUGCUGACCGCCUCCACAGUCCACAGUCCUGUCCACCCACUGAGGAGCAGCUCUGAGCAGGGAGAGGAAGACAGGAGGAGUCACCAGAAGUGUUUAGGAGGAGCUGAAUUGGCCGACUGGUUUUGAGAAGAGGAGGAAGUUGAGGAUAAAGUUCAUAGUUUCAUACCUGAGUGAGAUGCUUUUGUGAAUUGUUAUCAUCAUGUCUCUGCACAAAUAUUUCUAGUUUCUUUUGACUUUAAAUUUGUUUGAGGUAGAGGAAGUUACUGUCUGUUUAAAAACAUACAUAACUGAGAAUAACUGGAUCAAAUGAAUAGGAACAGAAAUUGAAAAUAAACUUUACAAAUACUGGAACUGAUGCACGAAACUUGACCUGAGCAACCAAGUCAAAUAAUCAUAAAAAUUCACUGUAGUUCAUGCAUUAGUUUAUCUUAAUAUGUUUAUUAGUAUUAUACUUAUCAUUCCUUCUUGAAGUGCUGCUAUCCAUCCUGUUGUCUUUUGCCAAAUGAGCCAAAUGGUGCUUUGUCUCUUUGUUGCUGCUCUAACUGGUGUGCUGUCGUGUUACAAGGAGAAAAAUGAAUGUUCUCUUUUUAAAUCAAAACAUGUUGGACAACUUUUUGCCCGCACACUGUGCUUUAUCUACAAAGCGCUUUUGGCUAUCUUGCUUUGUUAUGCCUUCAUUGAAGUGGUGUACCACCUUGAUGAAGAUGAGAUAUCAUUCUGGAGAAGUGUUGUGCAACCUGUUUUACCUUUGACAGACACACUGCUUUGCACCAGGCUUUGUGCCUUUUAUCAAAUUAUACAUGAGAAAGCUUUUCGUCAAUCAUUCAUGUAAUGUUCAUCAUUAUUUUCCCAAUAAAGAAAACUGAAUUCAAUAAAUAAAUCAAUAAA